AUGAGGAAUGAUUUUGAAUUCGAGCGCGCGUAUAAAUCUGCCAUGUCAAGCUUUAUCGCCAAGGGAUACGCUAGGGAAUUAACGCCAACUGAGGCAAAGGUUCAAACGCAUUUUAAUUGGUACUUACCACAUUUUGGAGUUUUUAAUGUCAAUAAGCCUGGAAAGCUGCGGCUGGUGUUCGACGCGGCAGCGGCGGUAAACAGGGUGUCGUUAAACUCUGUUCUCCUGAAGGGUCCAGAUGAAAUGCAACCCUUGAUUAGAGUAUUGCUACAAUUUCGAGAGGGCGUUGUUGCCAUAUGCGCUGACAUAAGGGAAAUGUUUCUACAAGUCGGCAUGAGGCAGGAAGAUCAGAAUGCACAACGUUUUCUGUGGCGAUACGACAUCAAUGACCCUGCAGGAAUCUAUGUGAUGACUUCAAUGAUUUUUGGAGCCACAUGCUCUCCAUGCAUAGCACAGCAUGUUAAGAACAGAAAUGCUGAGGAAGUCGCCGGUGAUCGCCCCGAAGUGAUAAGGGUAAUAACUGACAAUCAUUAUGUGGAUGACUUCGUGUGCAGCUUUAGGGACGAGAGUGAAGCAUUGGAAAUUGGCCAAGCCGUGAGGGAAACUCAUUUAAAGGCCGGAUUUGUUUUGAGAAUUUUUAUCUCCAACUCCAGAGACGUGCAAAACCGCCUAAACAAAAGCGUUCAACACUCACAGGCCGUAGUUAGCAUGGAUGCAGGUGGUCAUGUCGACAAGGUGUUGGGACUGUUCUGGGACAGCCAAGUUGAUGCACUUGUAUUCAAACUAAAAUUGCAUAGAGUUGAUCCACAGAUACUCACAGGGGACAAAUGUCCAACUAAACGAGAAUUUCUGGGUUUGGUGAUGUCUGUUUAUGACCCCUUGGGAAUGUUGGCCGAUAUUAUGAUAUAUGGGAAGAAUUUACUGCAGUCACUGUGGAGGAAAGGCACUGCGUGGGACAACGAAUUUCCUUCUGAUAUUCUUGGCAGAUUCACGUCAUGGAUCAGAAGAUUACGAAUGGUGGAACAGCUCAGAGUAAGCAGGUGCUAUGCGCCAGAAUUUUUGUCGCCAAAUACCACUGUUGAACUGCAUGUAUUCAUGGAUGCCAGUGAGCAAGCCUUCGCUGCAGUGGCCUUUUGGAGAAUAAUUGCACCCGGAAGCGUUAAAAUUAGCUUUGAUUUGGGAAAAACCAGAUGCGCACCACUGAAACUGCUGUCUAUACCCCGCUUAGAGCUGCAGGCCGCUGUUUUGGGUACACGGUUGAAAUCAACGAUUGUUGAAAGCCAUACUAUCAAACCCAGCCGAACUAUUUUGUGGACUGUUUCUAGAACGGUUUUGAUGUGGAUCAAAUCUGACCAUCGACAAUAUAAACCUUUUGUUGCGCAUCGUAUAAGCGAGAUAANGAUGUGGAUCAAAUCUGACCAUCGACAAUAUAAACCAUUUGUUGCGCAUCGUAUAAGCGAGAUACUGGAUGAGACACACGAGAACGAAUGGCGUUGGUGCCCAUCGAAGUUGAAUGUGGCCGAUUUGGCUACAAGAGCUGCUUACCCUAUGCGCGAGGAAACAGAUUUACGGUGGACAAGGGGUCCUGAAUUUUUGCUUCAGCCAGAAGAGCUUUGGCCAGUUUUGCAAGGCAUAAAGGUGGAGGCGGUCGUCGAUGAGGAGAAACGAAGAUGCAUGCUGGUGAUUCCGGCGGGAAAGGUAAUUAAUUUCACACGCUUUUCGAAUUAUUUGCGUCUGAAGCGAACGAUUGCUUGGACACUACGAUUUUUUUCUAAUGUCAAAGCCAAAUACAUUGGAUCAGUAGGGCCGUCAGGAGAACUUACCUCCGCCGAACUAAAGGACGCGGAGCUGCGAUUGUGUCGAAUAGUUCAAAAAGAGGCAUUUCCCAACGAAAUUAUGCAAUUGAAAAAUAAUAACACCGUGUCAAAGGACAGUGACAUUUAUAAACUUACGCCGCAACUCAAUCACGAUGGUGUCCUAUGCGUACAAGGGCGAAUAGAUUACGCGGCCGCACUUAGUGAGGGCACGAGAAGACCUAUCAUAUUGCCAUACAGACACGACUUCACUGAAUUGGUCGUUCAGUGGUACCACCAAAGACUUUAUCAUCAAAACCACUAG